CCGCCUGGGACCAGGGAACUUGGCACCCUGGCUCGAAUACUGCUGUCCUGACGACUUCGCCACCGCUCCCACUCUGUUCCAACUCUCUCCUCAUCAUACCAUCCACUCUCGCACGGCCGUCGUGAUGAGGGUCGAUCUCCUCCAGUAUAUCCCGCCUGUCGGCAGCAGCGCUUUGGCCGAGGGCCUGUGGGUCCCGGUGAUCAAGGCCGACUCGCCUCCGCCCGUCUCUGCCGGCCCAACAUCCCUCCGGAUUGCCUCGCUCAAUGUCUGGUUCGACCGGUACCAGUGCGAGACCCGAUGGAACAGGAGCCUCGAGACGCUCGCCGCACUCGAGCCCGAUGUCAUUUGUCUGCAAGAAUGCACCCUGGAGCUGACCGAGCUGUGUGUCAAGUCGUCCCAGGCUAUCCAGGACCACUACUUGAUCACCGACUUGACUACCUUUGACGGCUGCUGGUACGGGCUUAUGGUCCUCGUGCGCAAGAAAAGCACCGUUGCGGUCCGCUCGGCCGAGUCUCUCAAGUUCCAUGCUGGGCGCCUGUCUCGGGGACUCUUGAUAGGGCAUCUUGAGGUUGGUGGGAUGGCAGUGUCGAUAGCCACUAGCCAUCUCGAGUCCUAUCCGCAAGAUUUGCCCUUCCGCCUCCAGCAGCUCGAGCAGGCCACCCAGGCCCUAGCAGACUCUUCGUCUGCACUCACCAUCCUGUGCGGUGACUUCAACAUCCCAAAGGCCACCAACGAAGAGGAGUCGCUCUUCAUCCACCGCCUGGGCUGGACCGACGCAUACACCAGCUUUCACCAACUGAGUCUCUCGGACGACGGCGGUCUGACCUUUGGGGACUGGACGCCCAAGAGCUGCUCGCAGUGGCCCGGCGCAAGACUCGACCGGGUCGUCUACCGGACCGGCGAUGGUGUCGGUGCUGCCGUGAAGUCCUAUGCGCUGUUCGGCAGCGAGCCCAUUCAGGGCGAUGGCGAGGCCUUCUUUGCCUCAGACCAUCUCGGUAUCGUUGUCGAUAUGGAGUGUAGGUCCGAGUGAGAGGGAGCCACUGGUCCAUAUCGCAGACAUGGCAGACGGCCAUUGUGAUGAGCGCAGAAGCCGGACCCGUAUCAAUACAUUGGUGUUCUGUCCA